AUGACAAGCAGCCACGUUGCUGCUGCUAAUCAGGAGCCAUUUCCCUUCGAUAACGCUCAGCGUGCUUGUCGUCGCAAGCUUUGCCGUUCCCCUCCGCCAAACCACCCCUGUCAGGUGGGCCGCCUGGAGCGCUCUUCCCAGGGAGUAGACCCCACAGAACACGGGGACUUACUCCUGAGUAAACGCGCGCAGGCUUAAGCCGGGCUCAGUCUCCUCCCCCCCCCCCUUAUUUUCGCUCCGCCGGCUCCCCCUCAGCGCGGCGCCCCGAGCAGCCGGGAGCCGAGAGGGAGGCGCCGACCCCGAGCGCCUUUCGCCUCCCGCCAUUUCCCGGAUAUCGGCGCUGGCCCUGUCCCGGCAGGCGGCGGUGCUCCGCGUUGUGGUUCCGGGUUCCCGGAGCGCCUGGGGCCACGACGGCCGCCGGUUGCUGGUCGCCUUCGCCGCCGACGCCGCCGGUAAGCGCCGUCCUGGGCAGGCCGGAAGGCCUGUUAGCUGCUGCCUCAUAGACCCGGCGCGCUUUCCGGGCAUAAUCGGCCUCUCCCCGCUAGCCGCCCGCCCUGCGCACCGCCCGGUCCCUGAGGCGCCUCGUACGCGGCGGGGCUCCGAGAGGAUUGUUGUGGUGAAUAACUGCUGCUGUUACUGUCGACGGCAGGAGUCGCACCCCACGCGUGUAAACGGGCCCGAGGGGCUCCGGUUAGGGGGCGUGGGGGGUUAUAUUCGUAUUUUGGCUUCCGUGGGGCGCCCCGCGUAAAAAAAAGCACUUUAAUCCGGAGUAACUGUCACCGCCGCUUCUAGAAGCGUGGGGCUGGUUCUCAGCGUGAGGGAUUGUGAAUCUUCCCUCUCGUGAAAAUAACCAACCAUCUUUUCCACGCAUUACAAAUGUGCUGCUGUGGGGGAUAAACUUUCCAUGCUAUCUCCUGCAAACCUUGUAGCGGCACCUUGAAAACCAACCAAUGCAUUGUUUUGUGGAUUGCUGCUGCGCUUAUCUGGUAUGACUUUGACCUGUUGCGUGGAAACCUUGAUAGAAACAGCCCCUUGCUGUUUCGCUUUCUCUAUACCUCUCUGCCUGUCUGAUGUUGGACAGGCACACUGACUUCUCCCUGCCUUGCUCGCCAUAUUCAGUCCAUUGCCAGGUCAUGGUUACUUCUCACUUCAGAGCAUUGCAAAAAACACCCACCCAUACACACCAGGGGCUUUCCUCUCUGAGCCCUGGGAAAAGACCCUUGUCCCUCUGCCCCCUGGCCUAGGUUGCUGCAAUGCUCUCCUCUCUGGUCUUCCAUUGCCUCACCUUGGUUCCAUCAACUCCAUCCAGCUAAGUUCCAGAGGGGUAUUUGCAAAAACAACAGAGAGUUGAGUGGCACUUUAAAUUUUAACAAAUGUAUUAAUAGUGUAAGCUUCUGUGGACUAAACCAUGGGUAGGCAAACUAAGGCCCGGUGGCCAGAUCUGGCCCAAAAGCCUUCUAAAUCCGGCCCGCGGACGGUCUGUGAAUCAGUGUGUUUUUACAUGAAUAGAAUGUGCCCUUUUAUUUAAAAUGCAUCUCUGGGUUAUUUGUGGGGCAUAGGAAUUCGUUCAUUUCCCCUCCAAAAAUACAGGCUCGUCCCCCAUAAGGUCUGAGGGACAGUGGACCAGCCCCCUGCUGAAAAAGUUUGCUGACCCUUGGACUAGACAAACGAAGUGUUGCUUGAGUGGGGUGUGUUUCUGUGUGUGUGUCCCCCACACAACAGUGAGGUGAAAUUGUGAAUCUGCGAAGUCAAAGGGAAAUGAAAUGCAGAAAGUAGGGUCAGUAGCAACUACAUUAUUAACAAUGCCCAUUCCCAAAGGAGGGUUAAGGUGUCACAAAACUGUUUGUUUCUGCUGUUAAAAUCAUUCCUCCCUCUAAUGAUGUGAUGCCCAGUCUGGUCCAACAGUUCCUCAUCUUUACUAUCAAAACCCUCCAUGACUUUGCCCCUCCUUAUCUCUCCAUUCUUAUGUCCUGAAACAUCCCUGCUUUUGACCUUUGCUCCUGUAGCUCUAUCACCCCCAUCUGUCCAAAGGUCUUCUGCUCCCUCAGAAGACUGUCUUUCCCCAUUUGGAACUACCUCAUACAUCACUUUUGUGAUGCAGUUUUUUCUCUUUCCUCAAAUCCUUCCUCAGUGCCUACUUUUCUCAUAAAGCUGUUGGCACAAAACCUGGUGUAACUGCCCAAGUAUGCGUAACAGUGAAGAAGGGGGUGGGGGAAUAACACAUUCUCCAUCUGUUUUUCCCGUGCUUUCACAGCUCUGCACUUCCUUUUUACCCCCUCUUGUCAGAUUUUAGAUUGUAUGUUUCUCAGGGCAGAGACGGGGCCUCUUGUUCUCUCUCAAGCACUUUGCAAAUGGAUGAUUGUAUAUAAAUAACACAUAUAAUGCUAGCUAUCUGGAUCUGAUGAAGUGGGCUUUAGACCAUGAAAACCUAUUCCAGAAAGAGUAAAGUAAGCGUCCCAAAAUUCCAUUUUGUGUUUACUGUAACAGGUUAACACAGUUAAGCUUCUGGAACUUAUUGCAUGGUAGACCAAUACAGACAGCCAUACUACCCCAGGCAAGAGGGAGAGAGCUCAUUUUGGUGUCCAGUGGUACCUCGGGAUGUGAACAGGAUCCGUUCCAGAGCCCCGUUCGCAUCCUGAACGCAACGUAAGGCGCGACAGCGCGUCUGCGCAUGUGCGGGUCGUGUUUUGCCACUUCCGUGCGUGCACAUGACAUCAUAUUGAGCGCAUGCGCAAGCGGCAAAACCCAGAAGCAACGUGUUCUGUUACUUCCGGGUUGCCACAGAGUGCAACUCGAACACGCUCAACCCGAAGCACAUUUAACCCGAGGUAUGACUGUACAGUGGUACCUCGGGUUAAGAAUUUAAUUUGUUCUGGAGGUCUGUUCUUAACCUGAAACUGUUCUUAACCUGAAGCACCACUCUAGCUAAUGGGGCCUCUCACUGCUGCUGCGCCACCACUGCGCGAUUUCUGUUCUCAUCCUGAAGCAAAGUUCUUAACCCAAAGUACUAUUUCUGGGUUAGCGGAGUCUGUAACCUGAAGCAUCUGUAACCUGAAGCGUCUGUAACCCGAGGUACUACUGUAGUUUGACAAUCUGUUCAGGCUCCAAAAGCUUGGCCAAAGUGUGUUUGUUAAGGAGUAACUAAGUGUGUUUGUUAGAGAGUUACAUUAUUUAACUUCUGCAAGUACCCUGACUGAUUAAAUGUGAAUAAUGUAGCAUUUCCAAGGCUACUCUUUUAUAGAAUUUCAAGACACUUUCAGCUUCUCUUGGAUGAAGAGUUUUUUAGGUGACUAAAUGCAACAUGAAAUCUUUUCGGAGAGCCCCCAGGCUUGGCUGUACAAACAAGUUGCAUUGAUGAUGUGCCACUGGCAUGAAUAUUUUUUCACAUGUAGCCAUGCAAAUCAUGCCUGAAGUUACCGCAUAGCUACAAAGCUGGUCCUUAAGAAAUUCAUUUUUGCUCAUUGGCUGUUUACUUACACACAUCAUACUUGUGCACAAUUCUUAAACUGCAGUUUAACACUCUAAGCAGUUGAAACAGACUCUAAUCUAAACCUGAUAUGCCCAAAUCUGUUUCAACUGCUUAGAUUAGAUCAGAUGCUUAAAAUUCAGUAGUACCAAGGUCAUUAGUCUUUCCUGGUAGUGGAAAAACUCCAUCUCAAUAGGUAGUUUAAGUUUCUUCCACAGAAAAUAUUUUUGACAAUUUUGUUUGUGUAUAUAUAAAUAUGUUUCAUAGAUAUGGAUAACAUAAAUAUAUAUGUUUCAUAGAUAUGGAUAACAGACAUGAAGAGAAAGGUGGGGCGCUGUGUGCAACAUCGCAAGAGAAAACAAAAGGAAGAGGUAAGUGUAAUUGUUGAGUCUGUGACAGUAGCUUCAAUAGAGAGCAUUCUUAGGUUUUACACUCCCUGAAUGUAUAUCGCUUGUAUCAGAGCCAAUUAAAUGCUAACUAUUGGUUUACACACCUUUUUUUAUACUGCAUUUGGGUGUUUUGAACCACUUCCAGAUGCUUUGGCACAUUUCCAGACUGCAGCACAGUGUUUUUAAGUUCACUCAACUUGAAAGUUUUUGAAGGCAUUGUGGGUUGUGUUGGAACUAGUGACACUAUUUAAUCAGCACUCUCUGAUCACUGCAAAGUCAACUUGCUUUAUCUUCAGUAUGUAACAUACUGUUAUGUGAAUUAGACUUAUCUUCUGGAAGUGUUGUAGUGCAAGAUUCAGCCACCUUGCUGAAGCUAAGCGUUUCUGAGUUUCGUUGGUGCCUGGAUAGAUAACCUGGGAAUUGCUUGUGUAUUGUCUUGUGUACUAUUCCAUGAUGGAAGGAAGAUGGGAUUUAAAUGAUUCUGUAUGUACGAUCUAGUUGAGAUUCCUGCAUUGCAGGGGUUUGGCCUGAAUGACCCUCAGGAUCCCUUUCAACUCUGCAAUUAUAUGAUACUAUGAAAUGCAGUAAAUAAAUAUAUGUGUUCACUGUUUAUUAUUUAAUUAUAAAUUUGAUUAAUCUGUGUUUUGCCUUUCAAUGGUAACUAAUAAGCAUUAAAAAUGUACUGAAGCAUUUUUUUUUUUUAAUUACCAUUUAAAAUCAGGAUUUUCUAAUGUAAUGUACCAAAAAACCUAAAUCCUAAUCAGUGCGCCUGUACUCUGGGUUGUUUUUUUCUUUAAGAGAGAGAGAAGAGGAAGCGAAAACGCAGCAGAAGCAGGUCCACCUCAAUUUCUUCCACUACGUCGUCUAGUUCUUCAACAUCCUCAUCUUCAAGUUCUUCUUCAAGGUCCUCUGCUUCACGCAGCAGAAGCAGCUCAAGUAGUAGAGGUAUGAUUUAAUCUCUGCAUUGAAGUAAUAUGUUUAGUAUACAAUGAUUUCAAAUACUGACAGCAAGUCAGCAAAUACUGACAACUUCCCAGCCCAGACCAAGCAUAGAUCCAUAACCUGCAUUUUGUAGGAGCUUAACUGUUCAAUGUCUUAAUGACUUUGUUGUUGUGAGAACCUGAUUUAGCAUGGUAGAGAUGCUUGAAUGUAAUAGACCUAAUACUCAAGCCAGCAAGGAAAGGAGGGGGCACAACAUUGAAUUCCAUCUAUAGACUAAAACACUUCUCCUUGAUCAUGUAAACAUUGGUGCCAAAUUUGAUGGUGUCAUCUUUAGAGGUGUCCAAAUCAGUGCAGUUUGGAACAUUUUGGUCUGCAGUCUUGAUUCAAAAUGGUGUCUUGUAUAUCCAAACAUAAAUGAAAACUAUUUCCACCAUCUCAGGAACUGUUCUGUAACAAAACUCUGAUUCAUGUAACAUCGUUCAAGCCAUAAUACAUGUUUGUUUGUUUUAAUUUUAAUUCCUAGAUUCUCCCAAAUCAAAAUCAAAGAAAAGGAAAAAGGAAAAACAGAACAAAAAGGUAAGGCCAAGAUUAACAGAUGAAGCAGAGAUGAAAAAUCAGUGCAACUGAAAAGCUCUUCUUUGUGCUUUGUUCAACAUGUCAUGUUUUUGAGCACAAAAUAUUUUGUAGUUUCCUUCUGUGCAUUCAGACAGAAUAUGAUUUGAACCCAAACGAGAGAUUAUGCUACUCUGACUAACUUCCUUUUAGAAGAUUACAUUGCUUGCUGACAUGUGACAACCUCUCAUGGAGGUGUCAUGUGAAGAUUGCUUGUCUUUCAGCUGCUUUGGUGAUGGACCUGUGAACUCCAUAUCCAUGGAAAUGCAUGUCUCAUUGUUGGUUCGACUCACUGCGGAUGUGACUUGAGUUUACUACAGUGAUCCUCAUAUGAUGGGUUGGAUGCCUGUUAGCAGAUAAUGUGGGUGGGUCAUAUGGCUGCUAACAGUGGGUUCUGGAGAAAAUGUAUCAUUGGAAGCAUGCUACUGGCAUUUUCAUUCAUAGAUUGGACUUCUAUUUAAGGAUUGAACUAAAUGAGCUCAACAGCUGAUUAGCAGGUACCUGUAGAGCCGGGUUAAGGAACUAGAACUGGCCAGCAGGUCAAAUCCAUGGUUCCCUGAUCCCCUGUGAGCCAAGUUGGAUGGGUAGCACCUAUCAGUCUCCAGAUGUCACAAUGACAUUGGGAGCCUGCUUUCCUUUGCCCUUGUGGUUUGAAAUCAGGUUGUGUAGACAAAGGCACAGCUCUCUACAAGCACCAUCAAUCACCCUACAGCAGCCAGUUUGUUUUAUGCUGCAUUCCCAUAGCAACCAUUUCUGGACUGUCACCCACAGGACUUUCUCAAAAUUCCAAACAUGCCCACUGGCCUCAAAAGGUUGGUGAACUCUGGUUAGCAACUUAUAAAUAUUGCCAAUAAAUAAAUAAAUAAAUAAAUAGGGAGAUUGGUCUGCUAGGUCUCUGUAGGCAGUGCAUAAAUUAAUGUGAAUCUGUAUAGGUGCUCUGUGGCUACUAUCAGACAUAAAGAAAUGCCUGUGCAUGUUUUUAUCUCUUUAGAAGAGAAAAAAAGAUAAGUUGAAGAAAAAGAAAGAAAAGAAGAAAAAGAAAGAAAAGUCAGGUCCUGUACAGCUUUCUAAGGUAGGUGCAAGACUGAAUGCCUGGCAGUGUCUCAAUUUUCCCCCACAGAACUAGACUAGCUCAUAAGUGUCUAUGAUUAAAAGUAUUUAAAUGGGCAGUAGAAUUACUUAGAUUUUCUGUUUUGAUUACCUUUCUAAAGGUUGAACUACAUCUUGCUAUUAGAACAAACACUGUGGCAUAUUUAUUGUACAUUUUUAUCUGGUAUUUCUCCAAGGAGCUCAGGGUGGCAGACACAGUCUCCCCACCCCUGUUUAAUCCUCACAACAACCCUUAAGUUAGGCUUAGGCUGACAUUGUAUAAUUGCCCCAAGGUGAGCUUGGCUGAAUAGAAAUUGAUACCCAGGUCUCCUCAGUCCUAGUUCGGCACCAUUACCACAGGUGUGAUUGAGCAGACUGAACUUCAGGAGAGUGAAACUCUUUCAGCAUUACUUUCACCAGAUUCAUAGAAUCUACUGGUUUAGUCUCUGACCCUGAAGAGUCCUGAGUAUUUUGUUUUUAGGCUGUUUCCAUUGGGUCAGAUUUCCCUCCCCCCCCCCCCGCCCAACUUAAAUCAGUUUAAGAUUUUUGAUUUCCUGUUUAUUUUGGCUUAAGAGGUCCAUUCAUUACAUAUUUGCACAUGUUUCUGUUUUCCCUGUAAGCCGCACAUAAUUCUGAAGAAGCAGGCAUGUAGCUCGGAAGUACUUCUGGAUCCUUUGCGAUCGCUUGAGACUCAGGUGGUCUCAGGGGCAUGGAGUGUCCUCCAUCAGCACUGUCUGAUGGCCCAGCUGCGCCCCUGUCUACACAGGGAUAGCCUAACUUCUGUUGCUCUGGUAACAUCUAAAUUAGAUUACUGCAACAAGUUAUAUGUAGGGCUUCCUCUGAACAAAGUGAGCUGGUGCAGAAUUCAGCAGCCACGUUUCUCACUAGGGCAAGGCACUUUAAACCAGGUCCAACUGCACUGGCUGCCAGUUAGUUUCUGGGCUCAAUUCAAAGUGCUGGUUUUGACCUAUAAAGCCUUAAAUGGCUCCGGACCACAAUACCUCAAGAAGCACCUCUCCCUGAACCCUGUGAUCAUCUUCAGAGGCCCUAUUUCAUGUGCCUCCUCCAUGAGAGUUCUGGAGGGUGGCAACACAAGAACAGGCUUUUUCUGUGGUGGCUCCCCAUUUGUGGAAUGCUCUCCUCAGCAAGGCUCACCUGGUGCCUUCAUUUCCUAUCUUCAGGCACCAGGCAAAAACGUUUCUCUUUAGCCAGGCCUUUGGCUGAUUAACAUUCUAGGUCCUUUUAAAUAUAUUUGCAGGAGGAGGGGUUAUUGCGAUUUUUUGUUCUUGUUUUUAUUAUGUAGUUUGUAUUCUCGUUUUGUAUUUUUAUGUUGUGAACCGCCCAGUGAUCUUCGCAUGAAGGACGGUGUACAAAUUUAAUAAAUUAACAACAACAGCAGCAAUAUAGAUAAUUUAAAAUGGUACAUAUUUAUUUAUGUAUCAAAUACAUUCUUUUAGUACUUGAAAGAUAAAAAAAAGAAUCAGAACUACAGUAUGAUCACAGGGAAGAAAAUUAAGAUGAAAGUAAAGAAGAGUAAAAAGGAUAAAGAGGUAACAUUUUAAACUUUUUUAUUGCUUCCUAAGGGGAGGGGGGAGGUGGUACCUGUGUUUACUGGUUUGUUGUUCCCUUCAGUUGUAGCAUCAGAGCUAUGUAAAUUCAUAAUCCACUUUUGGUCUACGCCUUGAUCUAGAUCUGUAUGUACUGCCAAUCAUUUCCAUGGGCUCUAGCACUCAUCACGGUGUGCCAUUGCGCCAGAAGCGGUUUAGUCAUGCUGGCCACAUGACCCAGAAAGCUGUCUGCAGACAAACACUGGCUCCCUCGGCCUGAAAGCGAGAUGAGCGCCGCAACCCCAUAGUUGCCUUUGACUGGACUUAUUUGUCCAGGGGGUCCUGUACUGCCAUUGCAGAUGUACACCUCCAUUGCAAUGCUUUUCCAAACCCUGUCAAACUGUCUGGACGUAUCUUUUCAUACAGAUGGAUAUACACAUCUGUAAUGACCAGUUGCUACUUGAAAUGGCAGCUGGAUCAAAGCUGUAGCUUUUCUCAUAAUGUUCUGCAUUCCUUGAGUUUGUUUAAAAAACACCUCUUUAUGUUUAAAGGCCUUCUAGUUUUUCUAGUGGUUUUUCUGUUAUUGAAUUAUUUUAUAUCAUUCCCCCUAAUGAUAUAACGAACUCAGGUGACUGAAAGCCUAGGAGUUUGGAAGCAAAACAGAACCACCCCUUACAAAAGGCUACAAAAUGAGUUUCUAAUAGUUUGAACUGGCUAUUGAAAGCAUUUAUAAAAUAGUUUUAAAUUCACUGGCUUUUUUAUUUCCAGCGAGAUCGAAACCGCGCUGAACUUCUUGAUUUCUUGAACUCUGCUUUGUAGUGAAUAUGCUACUAAGCAAGGACCAGUAAGUCUGUCAACCUGCUCCUCAAAGCACCAAAUACAAGCUCAGAGUGAAGGGGCGAAAGCACUUUAUGUGCGAUGAGCUGAAAUUCUCCUGCUGCGAAGAUCCUCCUGUACAACAGUAAAGAACUGAAGGCAACAACUUGCCAACAAAGAGCCAUAUUGCUGCUCCUGGGGACCCUAAGAAAACUAGGGUGAUUCCUUAACAAUGCUUUAAUGGGAGAUGACAUGGUUGAAUUUUGACCUACUGCACAUAUCCCAAACUGCAUGCAGAAAACAACUUUACCACUGGCUGUCCUUUGUCAUUUUUCAUGUUAAAGCUGACUAUUUGCAAAUAAGCUCUUUCAAAAAAAGAGUACCUGUAUAUAUAGAAAUUUUUAGUAUUGAAGAUAUUUGUUUGUAAACGGCAAAAAUCACCUCUUUCUAAGUAAUGUGUAUUCUAGAGAAAUUAAUACAGUAUACUUUUGAAAACAUUGUUUCAUUGAUAGGAUUUCCUUUUCCUUUUCCUGUUAUUAACAAGCCAAACGGCAGUUUGUUAACUAGGUGCUAGGCUAUUAAUUAAAAUAUUCUGGCAUAAUAUAACCAUUAUGUGAAUAUUCUGCAACUAGCUUGCGUCCUGGUGUAAUUUAUUAUUUUGUGUUGAUCCCCACUGCUUGCUUUUUUGUAUGCUUGCCAUAGUUUAUGUUCUAACCUCCCACAGAGAAAUAUGUAUGUAGGUGCACACUAUGAGAAUCCCACCGGGCCAUUAAUUUAAAGAGAGUUCAGUGGUACGCCCAAUAGACUUCAAUAGACGAGUCGUUAUGUAAGGUCACAAUGUACAGACUUCUAUUUUAAAAGAAAACAAAAUAAAAUCUGUUUCUGAAUUUGAA